AUGACAUCAACUGAAAACUGCUGUAAACUUUUAACGGUCGGUAAAUGGCAUGAAUGGCAUUAGAAACAUCGUUUUGAUGUAAAGUCUACCGAGCAAGGUUUUUUAAAUAUAUAAAUUUGGAUAAUUGAUUUAAGAAUCGAAUAACGUGGCCAAGAUUAAAAAUCAACGAACGAACCGAUUAGAUUUGUUAUUCGUCGCUGUAAUCAAAAAUGCCGCGAACGAAAAAUGUUCGGAAAUUGAAACAAGAACAGCAGAAUAUGGAAGAGAGUAAUUUAUUAAUUGAAGAUUUCGAACGACAAGCACAUCUGCGAAUUACGAAAAUGGAAGCUGAAGCAACAUUGGCGAUAAAAGGUCUCGAAACAUUUUUUGACUGCACUCUGACUAGUCUUCCCACAGAAAUUCGAAAAAUGACCAUCGCUGAGAUAUUUAACUACGAAGUUGACGAUCAAAAAGAGAAUUGCAACCAAGUUUCGUCGUCCGAAGACAAGUGUAUAUCAAUACCAGCUUCAACGACGGUAAAAGGAAGAAAGACUACGAAAAGAAUCACGACUGCAUCUGACGAUGGGUACGUUACCGAGGGAGUGGCUACUACACGCCGAUCAAGAAUUCAAAAGAAUACUAAACAAACCACGUCUAGAAAAACACGUAGCAGUUCUAGGACCAGCAAGAUGAAGCUUAGUGAAGUUAAUCAAGAGACUGUAAGGAAGAAUAGAAAGGAAUGUGUUCAGGAAUCAAUGAAAAUUGAUAGAUUUAAAACUCCUAUGAAUUUAAAACCUGGAAAUAAUAAUGAAUAUGGACUUGUAACGCCAAAAGUGAAACCCAACACACCAUUAAACAUACUAAGGCGACCACGGCAAGGGGAAAUGGUUCUUAGUAUGCAGGGUAGCCCUUUAUUGGUAUCUGCAAUUGUUAAUGAAGAUACUGCCAAUGUUAAUGUCCCUUUGAAAAAUGGCAAUAUAAUUUCGUUAUUACCUAAAGAUGGACUACGCAUGUCAAAUAUUCCUCGGUUGGAUUCAGAAACUAUGCGACAAUUGGAGACUCUGAAAUGUCAUAUAGAGAAAGUGAUUUCUUCAAAAUAAUAGAGUUUUAACAAUGUAUUUUAUAUUUAAUUGUUAUGCGUGCUAAUUGAAUGAUUGAUUGAUAUUUUGUUAUAACUUUACUGCUAUUGAUGAAAUAAAUGAAAGUGUAUGUUCAUUUAA